AUGGAGAUAAAACGAGAUUCCGCGAACUCUACCACGUUCACCAAACUCGGCACCCAAACGCCUGUCGUUUACGGCGACACACAAGUUUCACGGACCAUCUACACCAUCGUUUCCCUGGUAUGCCUCUCGAUCCUCACUGGACUUCUUGGAUAUCGCGCUAGGCAACUUGAAAGGCACCAUCUUCGAACACUGAGCUUGACACGCGUCUUAGUCCUAGUCCUAUACUUCCUAUCGAUCUCGUUCGUUACAGCUGCAGCGGUUGUCGAGAGUGGCCUUGGCCUAUCGACGCCUUCCAUUUGCCAUGCCGCUAUCAUCAUAUGUUUGGCGUUCUACGUCGGCAGCAAGGUUGCCAUGUAUGUCUUCCUAGUGGAGCGAGCUCAUGCACUGCGGGCGCCGUACAUGCGAAGGUCGCGUGACUGGAUCUGGCUCGGGGGUAUGGUCAUAAUCGCGUGCGGCUUUGGAAGUAUCGCCAUUGCCGGCUUCAUUUGGCCCAUUGCCGAUUUAUCCCCACAUGAUGGGCGCUGUCGAAUUGGAGUUCCUUACAAGGUCACUAUACCUCUGCUAUCCUUCGACGUCGUAAUCAACACACUUCUGACCGGAAUCUUCAUCUAUCUCCUGCGUCCGCUGCUCCGGUUCGGUGACAUGUCGAACGAAGAGGCCCCGGCGAGUCGCUUUACCAAGGGAUUGCGCCGCAUUCUCAAGAGCUCCGACGAGUCGAGUGCUGUGGGCGUCUAUCCAAUGAACCGUAACUUCUUAAAAUCCAUCGAGAGGUUGCUCUGGAAGUCCUUUAUUGGAUCCGUCCUUGUUAUGCUUCCGACUGUGGGGAAUCUCGCCGCGCUGUUACCGCUCAGAGGCCGCGAGCUGGGUUGGCUUUGCUUGACCAUAUGCACCUUCGAUGUGACUUGGGCUGUCUGCGUGAUCCAUUGGCUCACGGUGGGUUCAACGGAACUCGACGAGAGGGCUCUGGCACUCUUGGUUCAGCGUCCCGACUUCGAAAGCAAUACUUCCACAGGACCCUUGCAAUGA